AGUGCCGAGGAGUAGAGGCUUCAAACUGGUCAGAUGACUUUGGGAACCUGGGAGCAGGAGCCAGGAAUUGAGAGGAGAGGACAAGUGGACAGAGGAACGGGCUGGAGGCUGGACAGGCCGUCGGAUUCGGGGCUGUGACAUGAAGCUGCUACCCAGCUGGACAGCGGUGCUGCGGGGGAAGCCUUGGGGCAGGGCCUGGCCAUGGGCCCAGCGACCCACAAGAACUGCUCACACCUGUGCCCCAAAGAUGAGGGCCCAGGAGGACCCUGAGGGCCAGACACAGCAUGAGUCCCUGGGCUCAGCAGGGACCUCCACGAAGGACCCCCCGACGGCCCUGUGCAAAGAGCCCAAGUCUGACAUGUUGUACAAGAUCGAGGAUGUGCCGCCCUGGUACCUGUGCGUCCUGCUGGGCUUCCAGCAUUACCUGACCUGCUUCAGUGGCACCAUCGCUGUGCCCUUCCUCCUGGCUGAGGCGCUGUGUGUGGGCCGUGACCAGUACAUGGUCAGCCAGCUCAUUGGCACCAUCUUCACCUGUGUGGGCAUCACCACCCUCAUCCAGACCACACUGGGCAUCCGGCUGCCACUGUUCCAGGCCAGCGCCUUUGCAUUUCUGGUCCCAGCCAAAGCCAUCCUGGCCCUGGAUAGAUGGAAAUGCCCUCCAGAAGAGGAGAUCUACGGUAACUGGAGUCUGCCCCUGAAUACCUCUCAUAUUUGGCAGCCACGGAUACGAGAGGUCCAGGGUGCAAUCAUGGUGUCCAGUAUGGUGGAGGUGGUGAUUGGGCUGAUGGGGCUGCCUGGGGCCCUGCUCAGUUACAUCGGGCCUCUUACAGUCACCCCCACUGUCUCCCUCAUUGGUCUCUCUGUCUUCCAAGCUGCUGGUGACCGAGCUGGCUCCCACUGGGGUAUCUCAGCUUGCUCCAUUCUCCUGAUUGUCCUCUUCUCCCAGUACCUGCGAAAUCUCACCUUCUUGCUGCCUGUCUACUGCUGGGGAAAGGGCCUCACUCUCUUCCGCAUCCAGAUCUUCAAGAUGUUUCCCAUCGUGCUAGCCAUCAUGACCGUGUGGCUGCUCUGCUAUAUACUGACCCUGACGGACGUGCUGCCCUCAGACCCCACAGCCUAUGGCUUCCAGGCACGAACAGAUGCCCGAGGCGACAUCGUGGCUAUUGCUCCCUGGAUCCGCAUCCCCUACCCCUGUCAGUGGGGGCUUCCCACAGUGACUGCGGCUGCUGUCCUGGGAAUGUUUAGUGCCACAUUAGCAGGCAUCAUUGAGUCCAUCGGAGAUUACUACGCUUGCGCCCGCCUGGCUGGUGCACCACCCCCUCCAGUGCACGCUAUCAACAGGGGUAUCUUCACAGAAGGCAUCUGUUGCAUUAUCGCAGGGCUGCUGGGCACGGGCAACGGGUCCACCUCAUCCAGCCCCAACAUUGGUGUCCUGGGGAUUACCAAGCCCCACCCCUUGGCUCACUGGCAGGUGGGUAGCCGGCGCGUGGUGCAGUAUGGUGCGGGUAUCAUGCUGGUCCUGGGCACCAUUGGCAAAUUCACGGCCCUCUUCGCCUCGCUCCCUGACCCCAUCCUAGGGGGGAUGUUCUGCACCCUUUUUGGCAUGAUUACAGCUGUGGGGCUGUCUAACCUGCAGUUCGUGGACAUGAACUCCUCCCGCAACCUCUUCGUGCUUGGAUUUUCCAUGUUCUUUGGGCUCACGCUGCCCAAUUACCUGGACUCCAACCCGGAUGCCAUCAACACAGGCAUUCCUGAAGUGGACCAGAUUCUGACUGUGCUGCUGACUACGGAGAUGUUUGUGGGUGGGUGCCUCGCUUUCAUACUGGACAACACGGUGCCAGGAAGCCCAGAGGAACGAGGUCUGUUACAGUGGAAAGCUGGGGCCCAUGCCAACAGUGAGAUGUCUACCAGCCUGAAGAGCUAUGACUUUCCCAUUGGGAUGAGCAUGGUAAAAAGAAUUGCCUUUCUGAAAUACAUUCCUAUCUGCCCAGUCUUCAAAGGAUUUUCUUCAAGGUCAAAAGACCAGCUUCCAGUUCCAGAAGAUACCCCACAAAAUAUAGAAACUGGGUCGGUGUGCACCAAGGUCUGAAAAACUGCGCCCAGGAAAGGUAGCAUGGUAUAUAAGAGGAAAAGAAAACUGCAUGGGGAGUCAGAAGACCUAAGUUGGAAUCCCAGCUCUGCUAACUAACUUCUUAUAUAGGUCUGGAUAAGUCACUCUCUGGGACUUCGUUUUUGCAUCAGUUAGGGGAAGACUGGGCCAAAGCCUCUAAGAGCCUGAGAGACUUGUACCGCCAUUAUUUUGUAUUUCUAAAUCUUUACUUUCCUAAGCAGAUGUGUCAGCAUAUAGGGAAUAGCUGGAAAUUUUCCUCUACCACAUCUUUGAAUGCAAGUUGAUCAAGACAAAAAGAAACCAGGACGGAUUCCAGGGCCUGAAAUGUAGGCAUGCUGGCAGGAUUUUAGAUUGAAUCUGAGCCCCCAAUAUCACUUACUUCAAGACCAAAGCAUAUUAAACAACAUGUUGGAACAAUAA